AUGGCGUCAGAUCCUCCGUCACUUCCACUACCCGAGGAGACCUUCCAGAUCAUCUCUUCUCUUCGCUACGAACCCGCACUUCCAGAGGUCAUCAAAACAAGCGCCGCAGAAUGCUACCCUGAUUCCCUACAAUCGCCCUUCUACCUCCUCCCGUACCAUCAACAACGACUCCUCUCUGCAGCAGAGUGUUUUAAAUGGACUGAAGCCGUCGCCUUUCUGCAGCAGGAUCUCAAAUCUUUUGCUCAAUUCCUUGACGGCUUCAUUCCUGACCAGACGAAACCAUGGCGUCUUCGCAUCGUUGUCGACCGUCAUGGCCGUUGCACCGUCGAUGUCAAUCCAGCGAUGCCAAUGGAGCCACUGAGCCUUCUGCUGCCGUCCGAUAAGCGUCCGCCAUCUGACCCCUGGCGUGUUGUUGUUGAUUCUCAGCCAACGAUCCCGUCACCAUUCACAAGAUACAAAACCACCUCUCGCAACAACUACACGGCUGCCCGUCUUCGGUCGAACAUCACAUCCCCGCAGGACCCUGUUGAAGUGUUGAUAGUGAAUCCAAAUGGCCAAAUAAUGGAGGGAAGUAUCACUACACCAUACUUUAGACGGCGGGGACAUGGUUCACAACCAGAGGGAAAUGGUCAAAACAGUUCCGAGCCAACUUGGGUUACGCCACCUCUUUCCAGUGGUGGUAAUGCAGGAACUACAAGGCGGUACGCUUUGGCCCAGAGAUUCUGCUCCGAGCAGGCCAUCACCGUUGGAGAUUUAAUUGACGGCGAAGAGUGCUGGUUAAGUAAUGGUGUGAGAGGGUUCUUCCCUGGCAAAAUCGUGAUAUCAGAGCCCAAAUGA